AUGAAUUAUGAAAAUUGUGCCCGCGUGGAUGGUGUAGAUUAUGCACAAGUUGGCAACUCCACCCGCGGAGGUGUAUCGAGGAGAUGGUUGACAUACGAAAAGCUUCAUUUCGGAAAUCUCCUUGUCAACCUCUUCCAUAAACUGGAUGAUGAAGUCCACCAGCUUAUGCUUGAGCAUCUCCUCGGUAUGGAAGUUGGUAAUCAGGAAGGAGAUGUCGUAGCCCUUGAUGGGCUUCCUUCUGAGAAUGAAGAAGGACUCGGCUCUUUGUGUCAAGAACCUGGUGAACUUGUGUACCAGGAUGUGCUCGAUCUCGUCGGCCUGCUUGAUCUUGAUGCUGAUGCGUAUACUGUUGAUGCUGGGCUCGAUAAGGACUCGCUCGUUCUCGUUGCGCGCAAUCGUCAGGGGUGUAAGCAGCACUUCAGGGGAAGUCCGGGCUUCGACCUCGGGGACAUUGUGUCGUUCGGCGGUCUGGGAAGCAAAGUUGGAAAGAGUGAGGGCGGCCGUCAGACUGCUCCGGACAGCCUGGAGCCCCGCGCUGUCCCGUCUUCUUUCGCCUUCGACAACUUUCAAAUCACCAAGCUGUCUGCCUUCCCAUACAUCGAAACCAAAGUCGCCGACGAGGAAGCCCUGGUGGUGAAACACCAAGGAAAGAAAUACGACGUGGAUGUCGAUACCUCCGCGACCGGCGAAGUCUUCAAGUACCAGCUUUACAGCCUGACUGGCGUCGAACCCGACCGGCAAAAGGUGCUCCUUAAGGGCAGUCAACUCAAAGAUGAUACCGAUAUGAGCAAGGUGGGCCUGAAGCCCGGCCAGAUGAUCAUGAUGAUGGGAACCCCAGGUGAGGGUGGAGGCGCAAUCGUCCGACCAACCGAGAAGGUCAAGUUUGUUGAGGACAUGACCGAGGCCGAAGCGGCACAACAAGCGGGAGCGACUCCGGCUGGUCUCCAGAAUUUCGGCAACACCUGCUACCUCAACUCGACGCUCCAGGUUCUCCGCUCCAUCCCCGAGCUUAACGACGCUCUGAAGUCAUACAAGGGCGAACAAUCAAUGCUCGACCCUACGUCGCAGCUCAGAAACCUCUACGAUAUGAUGUCGAAAACACAGGAGGGCAUUCCUCCGCUCGCAUUUCUGAAUGCUCUCCGUGUCGCCUUCCCCCAGUUUGCCGAGAGGGAAAGAGACGGCCACGGUUAUGCCCAGCAGGAUGCGGAAGAAGCUUGGUCACAAAUCCUAACCCAACUCAAGCAAAAGCUCAAGAUUUCUGAGGGUGACGCCGCCAGAGACGCAUCCUUCAUCGACAAGUACAUGGGUCUUGAACUCACCAGCGUCCUCGAGUGCGACGAACCUGGCGCCAAGGAAGCCGGAGAGGAAUCAAAAACCUCAAAGGAGCGUCUCCUCAAGCUCAACUGCCAUAUCGACGGUCAGACCAAUCAUCUUAGGGAUGGAAUUGUUAACGGUUUGGUGGAGAAGCUCGAGAAGAAGUCGGAGGUUCUGGAUAGGGAAGCGACGUACACUAAGCGUUCCCAAAUCUCCAGGCUACCCAAGUAUCUAACCGUGCACUUCAUGCGCUUCUUCUGGAAACGUGAGGUUCAGAAGAAGGCCAAGAUUAUGCGCAAGGUCACAUUCCCCCACGAGCUUGAUGUGGUCGAGUUCUGCACAGACGAGCUUAGGAAGGCUCUUAUUCCUGUCAGGGACAAGGUCCGCGAGGUGCGCAAGGAGGAGCACGAUAUUGAAAGGGCACGCAAGCGCAGAAAGAUGAACCCUAUCGACGGUGAAAACGCCCAGGGAUCCUCAUCAUCAUCCAAGGACAAGAAGAAAGACGAGAAGAAGCCUUCUGGCGGUGACGUGGAGAUGACCACAGAGGAGACCUUCAAGACAGACGCCGAGUUCGAGGCCGAGAAGGAAGCUGAAGUGCUCGCUGCCAAGAAGGAGCUCUACUCCUUGAUCAACCAAGAUCUUCUCAAGGACGAAGGUGCCAACCAGUCUGGAUUGUAUGAGCUUCGCGGUGUGAUCACCCAUCAGGGUGCCAGCGCCGACAGUGGACAUUAUACGGCCUACGUCAAGAAGACAGGGAUUAAGGACCCCGUCACUGGCAAGGUCGGUGAGGAGGACGGCAAGUGGUGGUGGUUCAAUGAUGACAAGGUCUCUGAAGUGGAGGCGGAAAAGAUCACUGCUCUGGCUGGCGGUGGAGAGUCACACUCGGCUUUGAUCUUGCUCUACCGCGCGAUUCCCCUUCCUAGUGCCGACGGAACCCAGUAG